UCCAGGUUGCCUUCCCUGCCCGCUGCCCGCCCGUCCGCCUCCGGCCCUCCCGCCCGCCAUGCGCAAAGUGGACCAUGUGCCCGACCUGGCCGAGGCGGCGGCGCUGCAAAGGCGGCGCUACAGAGAGCUGCAGCGGCAGAGCCGGCUGUUCGAUGCCCGAACCCGGAUGAUCGGGGUCGACUUGGAAGGUCUAGAUGCCCAAGUCAACGAUAAAAGAAUUCAAGAUGCAACUCAAAGAGCAUGGGAUGACUCAAUUGCUGCAGAAAUGAAACAGAAUGACAAGAUCGUGUGCAUUGUAGACCAACGACAGAAAAAAGACACUGUAAAUUUAGAAAAAGCUCUCAAUGAAUUUCGCCAGAAUUAUCAGCAACCAGAAACACGGCGUGAAUUUGACUUGUCUGAUCCCCAGUCCCUAAAGAAAAAUAUGCCUGCUCGUGUGGCAGACAGUGACCCCCGAUGUACAGCGUCCGGCUUGCAGAAAUUUAUGGGAGAAGACCUAAACAGUGAGAAUAGGAAGAAAUAUCAGCAGGAGCAAACAAGGGAAUGGCUUCUGGAGCAACAAAAAGACUGGGCUAAUGCACUUGCAGACCGAAAAUUUGCAGAUAGUCUGCAUGACACACACAGACUGGAGCUUGACCAGAAGGCUAUGGACCUUCAGAGGAGAGAUGAAGAAACAAGACGAGCCAUUUGUGUAGCUACUAAAGAAUUCAACAUAAAGCAGGCCAUCGAAUCUGAAGAAAAAAAGAAAUUAGAGAAGCAGCAAGAGCUGGAAGACGACAUAGCCGAGAUUUCGAAUCUGCUGAAAGGAGACCUGCUGUCUGAAAAUCCGCAGCAAGCUGUCAGCUCCUUUGCCUCUAAUCGAGUGAUCACUGACCGGUGGAAAGGGAUGAGUCAAGAUCAGCUGAAAGAAAUACGAGACGUCCAGCUGCAACAAGUCCUCGAGAAGCUGAGGCUGGAGGAAGAGGAGCGUCAGAGAAAGGCAGAGUGGGACAGGCGGCGCAUCCAAGCGGCCCGAGCAGAAUUGCUAUAUGAGCGCCAUCAGCAACGCCAAAAUCGAGAGCUUCGGAGAGCGCUGGAUAACCUCAAUGCUCAGCUCUCCCAGGAUCAGAAAAGAAGGAGAGCUGCCCUCGAUGAAGAAGUAUAUGCCAAUUUUCCAUCUGGCCAGUAUUACACACAGUUUAAUACAACUAGCCGGUGA